AUGGCAGCAAAGUCCGGCGGAGGUCUUUGCUUUCUGAAGAGCAGCGCCAAGUCGGAAGCGGCGCCCGUAGAAAGGUCAAUAAAAUGCGUCACUUGUGCCGCUAUUUUCCCGGAUGUCGCCGGGCAAAAAUCGCAUUUCAAGUCGGAGUGGCAUCUUUACAACGUCAAGCGCAAGGGCAGCGGGAUCGACGCCAUGAGCCACGAAGAGUUCCUUCAGCUGAAGGAGCGCCUGGUCCAGAUGAUGGAGCUCAAGAACAACGAAUUAGAGAGCAAGAGCAAGGCAAAGAUGCUGCGGAAGUCUAAGGAGGCCAGCUCUUCAGCCAACUAUCGCAAUCAAGAGUCAUCGGAGGGGUGCGAGGAAACGUGCGCCGCCAGUACGGUGAAAAGCGGCGUCACAAGCGUGCCGUAUUGCCCAACUACGUGCUUAUUCAGUGGUAAGAAGUCGGGAAGCGUUGAGGAAAACCUCCAGUGGAUGUCGAAGACGUACUCUUUCUUCUUGCCGGAGCAGGAGCAUCUGGUCGACGUAAACUCGCUGCUCGCCUACCUCCAUGACAAGAUCUACAACCAGUACACGUGCAUCUACUGCCACCGUAUUUUUAAGAGCAUAUACGCAGUUAUGCACCACAUGGAUCAGAAGCAACACCGGAAGGUGAACGACGAUGACUUCUUGGAGCUUGCCCAGUUCUACGACUUCACCGGGACGUACGCCGAGUUGAUCCCCUCCAAGGCGGCCGACGAAAGCAGCUGCGGGAGCACUGCGGACGACGAUGACGACGACUGGGAGGACGUCAUCACCGGGACCACCGACAGCCAGGAGGCCAUUCAGCGGCUGGCUAACUUCGGUGUCGUCAGAGCCAAAAUCACCGAUUGCGGCAACCUGGCCCUGCCCAACGGCAGGGAAGCCGUCCACAGAGAUGUGUCCUAUGUCUACAAGCAGAAUUUGGUCGUGCGCAGCUCAUACGGAGUGAGAAAGUCGCCGACAGGGUUCCAGUUCCUCCGAGUCAGCGAAAAGAGGCAGAUCACACGCGCCGAGAAGCAAAAGCGCACCCACAUCGACCACGUCAGGCUAAAAAUGCAGUACAAGUCCUACAAGCUGUUCGUGCCAUGCAACCAAAUCGCGUAUGCCACUUAG